AUGUCGUUCUUCAUUCAAGAUUUGGAAGUUAGCAUAAAUGAUUUUAUGGCCAAAGUGGUAGCAAACGACAAGUUCUCCGGUCUAUACAUCAGCACGUAUGGCGGCGGUGGACAACAGCAUCACCAAGAGCAGGAGCAGGAGCAACAACAACACCAGCUGCAGCAGCAACAGCAACAGGAGGGACUGCAGCAAAUCCGAAAUGGCAGCAUCGAUAUCGGUUACAACAAUUUGGACGCGUGCGUCGCGUACGCCGAUUCGGUGGCCAAGUGCGGUCGUGUGUGCGAAUCCCUGGAUCUGUACGCCCGGUGUUUCCGGAUGGGCCCACUUCCCGCCGACUGCCUGUGGCACGUGACCUCGGCGUUUCUGGACUUGAUUCGACAGCAGUUUGACGACUCUCAGACAAUCCAAAAGGCCUCGUCACCGCCGCCACAGUCGCAACAACAACAACAACAACAACAGCAACAUAACAACCAUCAGUACCUCAACAGUCACAUCCACCACCAUAAUAUCUGCUACGACUAUCAGCAACAACAAUCCUGUCCGUUCGCUUGCUCCGUCUGCAACCUGGUGCUCCGAGAACCGGUCACGUUACUGUGCGGUCACACAUGUUGCCGGAGGUGCGGGGGUGGUACUGCCUGCAAGCCGAUAGUGUGCAACAAGUGUGGCAUGCGCACGCCAUUCCAGCCACACGUAGACGUAUUGGUAAAGUCGUUGGUCGAGAAACUAUGGCCGGUGCAAUUGCGGGCCUCCGAGCUGCUGGACGAGGGCAAGGCUUUGUACAGACAAGACAAGAUGCACUCGGCCCUCAUAAAGUUCAACCAGGCAUAUUACACCGGAGGCGAAAAUUAUGAUUUGUUAAACGUUAGAUCGAGAACGCUGCUUAAACUAGGACUCAACGAAAACGCUCUUUUGGACGCUGUCCGUGUAGUCCAAAUAAAACCAAAGUGGUCCAAAGGACAUUUCACAUGUGGUAUGGUGUUGUUUUCCUUGAAGAGAUAUCAAGAGGCGUUAUUAGAGUUUUCGUUGAGCGCAGUGCUCGGCGAGAACCAUCAAAAACUCAAAUCACAAAUUAACGAGGUGUUACAAAGGUUACUGACACUAUAUUCCAAUGAAACUGAUGAUCUAGAUCUAGAGGGUUGGAAUCCCAUAUCUCACAGUUACUUAAGAUCGUACUUGAACACGUUUAUCAACAGAUCUAACGUAUUCGACAAGAGUUCUAACUCCUUAAAAAAGUCUAUCAUCAAAGAAAGUACAUUUAUGAAAAAACAACUCCGUGAAAUCAGUACAUUAACCGAGUUGGUUCAACAUAUUUUUGUUGAAAUAAUGCAGACUAAACAUUACACUUCAAGCGUCUUAAUCAAUAACACAUUAAACGUGGAUAUAUCGUUGUUGGACGAAACGGAUUUCAAUUGUGUUCUGUGUUGCGGAAUGUUGAGGAACCCAGUGACGACACCGUGUGGACACACGUACUGCUUAGACUGUUUAGAACACAAUUUCGAUUACAGUUUCCACUGUCCGUUGUGUCUGACGUCACUGCCGCCCAGCUUGGCACUAAGUAAAAAGAAUACCUCAGAAUUUGUCAACGAGCUUAUCUGCCACAAGUACACCAAAAACUGUCUCAUGCAGACGAUAAACUGGAAACCGGAAGCGGAACAUGACAGCACGUACUUACCGGUGUUUGUUUGCACGAACGCUUUCCCGUCCGUAUCAUGUCCGUUGCACGUGUUCGAACCGCGGUACAGACUGAUGAUCAGGAGAUGUAUAGAAUCGGGUACGCGGAGAUUCGCCAUGAUCAGCAACUGCUGUCCUCCCAUGAAGUUUGCCGAAUUCGGAACGGUGUUGGAAAUCAAAGAUAGGAUCAUGAUGGGCAAUGGUUGCUCUUUUCUUUCAACAGUCGGAAUGCGACGAUUUAAAGUGUUAGUCCGAAAAGAACACGAUGGCUAUGACAUGGCUACUGUGCAAUACAUACAGGACGAAAAAGUUCCUUCAAAAAAAAUAUCAGAAUUAUAUAAACUUCACGACGACGUUCGACAACGGGGAUUAACGUGGUUUGAUAGUUUUCGGUCUGAAAUAAAAUCUGAAAUCUUGAGAACUGUUGGAUUUCCACCAAGCACUGAACCAAAUUGGGAAGAACUGUCUGACGGUCCAGCUUGGACGUGGUGGCUGUUGUCAUUAUUACCACUGGGACAAAACGCUCAUGUGGAUCUCUUAGCUAACACUAGUAUUGAAGUCCGAUUAAAAGUGAUCAACAAAAUUCUCAGCCGUAUCGAACGAAGCUCAUUAUCCUUAAGAAUAACGUCGUCACCAUUGUAAUAUAAUAACGAAUUAUAUAUUAUAAUUAUUAUGUUGAUGAUAGUACUAAUAAUAUUAUUUUUAACGGUUAACCGACUAGAAGUCUCGAUGACAAUAACCACUUAUUUAUGUUUGCACAUAAUAUUGCAGCGUGGUUGUAAUCCGAUUUUAUAAUUUAUGUACCUACCUACAAUACCAUUACAACAAUUGGACGAAUUAAACAUCUGACAUCCGACGUCUUGGAUAAUAUUAUUUCAUUUUAAUUAUUAUACUUAAUAUCGUACAAUAUUCUGUGAUCUCCAAAUCUGGUCAAUUCAGUUGUUGAUAAAUAAUAUAAUGUACUUAUCAUCUAGGUGAAUUAAAUGAUUUUUAUUUAACAUUCUAUGUACCAAGCUUCCCGAGAUGAAAUGAAAUAAAAUAAUUACUACAAAAAUUACCGGAUUUAUCUCAAUUUAUUAUUUAAGAUAACACACAUUUCCACUAUAUUGUGAACAAUUAUUGGAUUUUUAGGAUAAUAAUUAUAUUUCCAAUUUCGAAUCAUGCUUAAAAUACUUAUGAUUUUGAAUUAUUAUCGUAAUUUUUGAUUUUUGACUAUUACAACGAAUUCUCAAUGUAUUGAUAUUAUGUUGAUAAAUUUUAAAUUACUCCAAAGCCACUAACGUGGUUCAAUUUGUGAUAUUGAAAUGUGUAAUUGUUUAUUUUUAUUUAUCAAUAAUACUAUUAUUAUUUAAUAUGCUACUGCCUCUUUAAGAACGCAGGUGAUAGGGGAUUUUCUUAAGGUCUUUUUUUACUUAUUUUAUUUCUGAGCUUAAAUAUUGUUGUUAAUUUACAAAAAUAAAUAUCUUUGUAAUAUUUCUUGUUACCAAUGCUCAUAUUUUUCUUAGCAUGUGUUUUCUAUAUUGCUAUAUAAAUUAACAAACUUAAUUUGUACCCGUAUGAUUACUCAUUUUCUGCUGUUAGAGAGGUAUUCUGCGUUUCCAUUUAAAUGGAUUACUAGUCGUUCAUUUUCUUAUCGAUAGUUAAAAAAUAGAAGACAUAUUGUAAUUUUUCCUUUUAUUUAUUUUUGUAUUUAACUGUUAACAAAUAUAAAUAGAGAAAUUAUAAACUAUGUAAAUGUAUAUAUUAUGUAAUUAUUUAUCAUAUUAUACAUGUGUUUUUAAUUUAUUUUUGUGAAUGCUUUGUCGUUUUGUGAAAACUUUUAUUUAUAGAAUGUAAUAUAUUAUUAGCAAUUACACAAUUUUACCUAUGUAUGUAAUUGCUGCUCAUAUACCGGAUUUUUUACCCAAACCAAAAUUAUGGGAAUUUAUUGUUUUGAUUAGAUAAUAUUAUUAUUUCUUUUUGAAUUAGUAUUAAAAUUACUUAUGAAUAUAUAUAUUUUAUGU